ACUUUCACUUUCGCUCCCCGGCCGUAUAAAUACACCUGCAGCUCUCCUCCUCCUCCUCACAGCAGCACCUUCACCCUCCUGGAGAGACAAGCCCGAGCUCAGAGGACCACCAGACGAGAGACAACAUGGCCUCCACGACUGCAGCGCUCCUCCUGCUGCUGGGAGUCCUCUGUGUGGGCUUUGCAUCCGCCGAGAUCGCGGUGGACUGCUGUCUGACGGUCUCCAAGAAGCCCAUGCCUCUCCAGCGCCUCCAGAGCUACACCCUGCAGGAAGCUGGGAAGGGAUGCCAAAUCAGCGCCACCGGGUUCAUCACGAAGCUCGGGAGGACUCUGUGCGUCUCCCACCCCGACGACGCCAAGUGGGUGAGGAGGUACAUCAAGCACCUGGAUGAGAGCAGGCCCCGAGCUCGCUAGGUCCACCUGGUCGGCACUUCCUGUUCCCAGAGGACUUCCUGUUUGUGUUGUGUGAUGUCGGUGACUUGUACAAAA